AUGAUACGAAAUCUGCUAAAAUCCGACCAAAUCUGUAAGUUUUUCUUGACAUUCAUCGCCAUUUUGGCUCUUGGAAAUGCUUUUCCAACCAACAACAUUAAAGCUGGCUUCCAAGAACUCAGCGAAUUUAACCGUUUCAAGUUGAAACAUUUGACCAACACGGACAAUGCUGAAAUGUACAGCGGUCAAUUCGAAGGCGAUAUUGUCUUGACUCAAGAUCAAGUCGCUGAUUUAUUGUCUCGUAAUGGUCUCGUGAGGGAAUCCAAACGAUGGAUUAACAACACAGUCCCUUAUCUCAUCAGAUCGAGCGAUUUUACUUGGGAGCAACAAAAUUACAUCCGCAAAGGUUUGGAUCAACUCGAACUCUUGACGUGCCUCAAAUUUAAAGAAUGGAAUGGAGAAUAUGAUUAUUUGCAUGUCACUGGCGAAAACACGGGUUGCUGGAGUUACGUGGGUCGUUUAAACAUCGGAAUGCAACAAAUUAAUUUAGAACCUUACACUCUCGAGUACGGAUGUUUCCGCCUUGCCACGAUCCAGCACGAGUUUAUUCAUGCUUUGGGCUUUUAUCACAUGCAAAGUGCCGCUGAUCGUGACGAUUACGUCGAAAUCAAGUGGGAAAAUAUUUGGCCCGGAACUGAACAUAAUUUUGAAAAAUACAAUACGACAGUUGUGACGGAUUUUGAUGUCAAAUACGAUUAUAAUUCGGUUAUGCAUUACGGGCCUGAUGGAUUUUCGAGCAAUGGAUUGCCAACAAUUGUGCCGAGAGAUCCAACGGCGAACAUUGGACAACGUGAGGGAUUGAGUCGACGUGAUAUCGAGAAAAUUAAUCGCAUGUACCAAUGUCCUUUGUGA